AUGAAUAAGUAUCAAUCUCUUCUCUGCGGUUCUGGGGAAGCGGUUGUAUGUCUGGGUCCUGGGCCAAGUAGAUUGAUCGUUUGUUUGAUAUUCCCGCUGGAAUAUUUUCCAAGAAGGAAUCCGGGGAUGUCCAUGAUUCGAGUGAUAUUGGCGCUCCACUUUCAUAUGGGAUCUCUUUCGUAUUGGAUGUGGAUGGGUCUAGAGAAUGGCAUGGCCUGUACUUGUUGUGAGGAAGCCCACCUGUUGCGAAGAAUAGGAUCCAUCCCGUUGCCAAAGAAGAGGUUGCUUGUCAAAGAAGAGGCUGGUAUCGGCUUUCCCUAG